ACCACAAUUCUUUAUCUCUCUGAUCAGUUUCAAGGGCGGGUAUUUGGGUCUGGAGACUUGCUUCUUCAAUCUGCGCGCCAGGAGCUAUCGUCAUUAUUAUCUAUAUGUCUAAUCAACGAGAAAGACCGUGCCGUCGGCUUCCUGCAUUGGACCUUAACCUUCUACCCCUUGACCGCGUGUUUCGUCUUGUUCUGCAACGCCGUGACGACGUCCAAUCUCGGGGACUUGAACCUUCUCAAGACGGUAGCGACUUUUCUGUUGCCUAGUGUCUCGAGUAGUCAUUCUGUCACGGUUAUACAACAUCUCUUUGAGGAGUUCAUUGCACUCUCGCAGUCGCUUUUUUCAGGCACAGAGAGCCGCGGGGGCAUGGUAGACGAAUCUGGGGACACCUUUACCCUUAUCGAAGUGCAGCCUUCGCAACCCCACAAUCAACCCUUUCCUACGGGCGACCCUAUCUCCACAGCUCAGAACCCUGGGACAACCGUUUGGGCCGAUACAACGACCAGCCCUUUUCCGUCCGAUUUGUCUAAAUCAUGGACGCCACACGAGAGGGACAGUUACCCUGCAUUUGUAGACCCGUCGAUCGCAAUUCCCUUGGACUUCGAAUUCCCCGCUGACUUCGCCGACUUCGUGCCCGUUACUUCGGCUCAAUGA